CAUCAUUAAGAACGAAACCAAGAUCUACCACAAUCAAAACCAACUAACCAAGAUAAAACAAAAACCUGAUCCGUUCUUAAUUCUUAUAUCAGAAUCAAAUGUUUGAUUGAAACCGAACAUGUACUUCUUGCUUUUACUCCCAAACAUAUUAAAAUCAAAUUAACCCUUUUUGCAAUUAAGGAAAAAAAAAAAAAAACCCAAAACUUUGCUUCAAACCUUUGAAGAACUCGAAGGCAAUCGGACAGUCAAUUGGAAUCAGUGAUGGUUCUUCCAAAAAAGAACAAGAAUCUAUAAUCAAUCCAUCCAUUGUUGGUCGCCGGACAUAUCUAGCCCUAACCUCUCUCUCACCCAUCUCUUCCCAGACCCAGCCACCUCUCUCUCGUCCAGUCUUCCGUCGACCACGCCGCCGCCGCCUUCCGAUCCACCACGCCGUUGCCGGACCUUCCUCUACCGCCACCACCGUAUUGGUCCCUAGAAAAUUUGCUGUUCCAAUGCGAAACGAGUAAAAAAAAAAAAAAAAAAACUUCAAUGAAGCACAAGAGACAGGGGAGACCCGCUGGGCUUGAGGCUCCGUUAGCAUUGGUAUCCGCUGCAGAGGCGUUUAUAGUCCAUUUGAUCUGCGCCGUUGGAUUGGCCGUCUCCUUAUGGGUGGCCCACAAUCUUCUCUUCAACAGUCUUAUCUCUCAUCCUUCCCAAACCCUUUUCCUGAUCUGGGUGAUUGAGUGCCCUGUUGUGAUUCUUCUUUACAGUCAUUAUAGGCAGAACCGUCAACAAUCUUCUUACUUGAGAGCUGUUGGGCGUGGCAUGCUCACACUACUUGCUGGGGCUCUGGUGAGUGCUUUUGCAGCAAUUGCUUUGGGUGCACCUGUUGGCGCCAAGUAUUUAUCAAGUACCAUUAAUUGGUCUAUGAUGAUGUCUUUGUUCGCGGUUGUGCCUGCAGCUUCUGUUUUUGGUUCUUCGUGGACAGAUUGGCAGCGCCUAUUUGCAUGUACAAAGCCAGUUGGAACUGUAGAUUACAUGAUUUGUCUACCCGCACAUGGAGCUAUAAUUGGAUCUUGGUUUGGGGCUUGGCCUAUGCCACUUGACUGGGAAAGGCCAUGGCAGGAGUGGCCUAUAUGUGUGAGUUUUGGAGCUAUAGCUGGAUACCUCAUUGGAAUGGUGGCAUCAUUUGGAUUUGUACUAGUCCGUGGUAUACUGCAACAUACAAAAAGUGACUAACUAGUGCACAAUCAACUAAUUAACUAGUAGAUAAUGUUAUAUAUGAACGUGCAUUUUAAAGCGUCAAAGUUAUUUGGGGUUAACGUCAUUUUUUUUUUUUUGGUUCCUUUAAAUUGUGUGCUUGUAGAUAUAGUCAUUUAUUCAUGUAUUUACAUUUAUUAAUGGUUUACAAUGGGUGACUAAAAAGAUAAAAAAGAAAA